AUGGCAAACCCAUCAGGCCUUAGCUCCCCGACAUCGCGCUCCGAAGCCUCGUCGCCGAGACCUAAAUUUGAUUCUGAUCUUCUCAAAACCUACAUCAAACGGCUUCUGCCAUUAACGCUACAAUCCGCUAGAUGGCCAGAAGCAAAGGAUCGUGAUCAAGUGAAGAGCUGGAUGAAGGAGAUUGGGGAGAGGGUGAAGGGAAGGAUGAUGGAAAUACAACCAAAGGGGUUUAAGUAUAUCGUGUUGACUCAAAUAAACGAGAAUUUAGGACAAGGAGGAAGGGCGGAUAUGGUAGGUCACUGGGAAGAUUCCGACACCGUCUCACAAGAGGUUUUCGUUAAUGACUCUCUGAUAUGUAUAUGCAUCGCGUUUGCUAUACGAACCCAUUGA